AUGAAGCUCACCACUGUUGCCGCCGCCGCCGCCCUCCCGGCCCUUGCCCUCGCUGCCCCCGCCCCCAUCCCCGUUUCGCAGGACGUCACCCCCGUCCACGAGGGCCGCACCCUCCUCCUCCUCGCUGUCGGCGCUCUUCUGUUCGACGGUCUCAAGGAGGGCAGCCAGUGCAAGUUUGGCAACUACCAGGGCUACUACGCCGGCAAGUGCGCCAACGUCCCCGUCUUCACCCACUCGAGCGGCUCGCUCUGCCCUGUCCGCAUUGGCCUCAGCACCGGAUCCGGCCUCGCCAUCCAGAAGGGCUGGAACGCCGGCCUCGCCAAGGGCUGCUCGUGGGGCUCCGGCAGCGCCGGCUGGAAGCGCGACGAGGAGGAGAGCGGCCUCGAGGCCCGCGGUGACGCCACCCACAUGGAGGAGGAGCGCACCGGUCUGCUCCUUGGCCUCCUUGGCCUCCUCGGCUCCCACUCUUCCCAGAAGAUUCCUGUCCAGUACGGCUCCGGUGGCCACGGCUGGAACGGCUUCAACAGCGGUGUCUACGUCCACAACAGUGGCUACCUCAACUGCAACGGUGCCAAGAAGAACUACCAGGUCACCGUCGAGGGCCACGGCUACAAGUACGCCGGUUGCGACUCCAAGGGCGUCCAGUACUGGGACUGCGGAGACGGCUACGCCCGCCCCCUCCAGCCCUGCGAGGGUGAGUCCAUCGGCGGCUCGUGGUCCAACGGCCACCUCCAGUGCCCCCAGGGCUGGACCGGCCGCUCCAUCAACGAGCUCGACUAA